AUGGCCUCGACGAAAAGGAAGAAAACCCUGGCGGGGAUCGCCCGCCUCGCCAGCGGUCGACUGCUCGCGGCGCUGAUUCUCUACACACUCACGAGAGUCUCUCUGAGGCCCUCACUGGAGUCCCCACUAGGGGACGUGACGCGCCACGCCCCUGAGUAUUUCGGCGUCCCCUCGGCUCGUCUCCUCUCUCUCUUCUUCUCCGUGCUCGCCCUCGGGCUCAUCUCCAGUCUCUUCACCCGCCUCUUCACCCGUCCCCUCUCGUCUGCCUCUUCUGUCUUCUGGCCGCCGGCUUUGUCUCCCCCCUCUCUGUCUCCCCCCCCUCUGUCUCCCGUUUUGUCUCCGCCCUCGUCUCUGUCCCGUGCGUCCUCGGCCUUGCGCCAUGCGGCCCCGUCUUCUUCACAGUCUUCCCCCGUCUUCUCGACGGAUCUCUCCGUGUCCCUUGUCCAGCGGGUCUCUUGUCUUCCUAGGGCUACUCUCCACGCGGCUCCUCCUCAGCCAGGCUGUUCUGCCGCUCUCCCGUCGCUCGGGGCACACAUUGCGACGGUGUUUUCCGUCUCUGCGCCGCCCGCGUCGGGCCUCCCGACUUCUGCUCUUCCUGCAGGAACCCGAUCUCUUUCCCGGCUCCGCUGCGCGGCGCGUCGGCGCACGUCUGUCGUCCUCCUCGCGCUGCUCGUCCACGCGCUGCGGUUGCCCGACUCUUCGCGCCCCGAGAUGCCUCGAUCCUUCGGCGUGCACUUUGCGAGAGCCGCGCAACUCGUUCUGGACAGUGCAGACGCAGAUGCCUUCAUUCAAGGCCGGGAACGAGGAGAAGGGGUGGAAGGCGCAGGGCGCGACGCUGGGACGAAGCGCAGGGAGUGGAGACAGGGGGCGAGAGAGGAAGCAGAGACAGCCCCUCCAGGCGACCGCUUCGGCGCUGCGGACGAGCGCAGACGCGACAAAGGAGACACUCAACACAAGCACACUAUCGGUUCCCCGUCCGUCCUCGAGGGAAAUCAGAUCCCAGCCCCGAAAAGCGAUCACAGAUACCGACGCUUCGUGAGGCUGGCGAAUGGAAUGGAGAUGCUCCUGUUGGUGGAUCCGCUUCAACUGCAGACCGCGCCGUCCCACGUCGCUCUCUCCAUCACGGGAGGCUUCCUGCACGACCCUGCGCACUUGCCAGGCCUCGCCACGCUGUCUGGACACCUCGUCUUCAAUAACUACGUGCCCGUUUCUUCGCCGCUGGCGUCGCCGGCCUGGAACGGGGAGGCGAACCCUCGCAGCGACCGCGCCGGGAACUCUGGAGAAGACGGGAGACGCCCGGGAGACGCCGCCGAAGGCGGUGGUGCACUCCAACACGCAGGCCAGAUCUACCCGUCUCUCGAUGCCUUCUUGUUCGCGCACAACGCUGCCGAGCCUCUGCACUUCUCGACUGGCGAAUUCGCUUCGGCGCUCUCGUACUCACUGCCGACGCACGCGCUGUCCGCCUCGCUCGCACAGCUCAAACACGUGCUUCUUCACCCAAACAUCACCGAGGCGAGUGUCGGCGUCGGGGUGAUCCAACUGCUGCAGCAGCAACAAAAACAAGUGCAGAAACGAAAAAACGAGCCCUACUGGCGAAAGGCCUCCAUCCUAAAGAACCACGUGUUCAAUCCCGCACACAAGACUUCGCGUUUCCACGUCGGCUCGACGGACUUGAUUUUUCUCCUUCUCCACCACCAGCAGCAGGCCGCGCGCGCGGCUGCGUCCGAUGGCCGAGGGCGAGACGCUUCCUCCUUUUCGCCUUCCGCAGGCGCCUCCGCUAGCGACGGAGACGGGGAAGGCGAGGCGCGGUGGCACUUUGGGGGGCGGCGCGGGCACGAAGCGAAGCCCGCAUUUGAACGCGUCUCUCUGCCGAUGCUUCAGCACGUGAGUGUGUGGCUGAAGAACGAGGAUCUCCCCUCUCUGGUACGGGGCUGGCACGAGCGGUUUUACGUCGCGAACGCGUUCAAACUUGUCAUUUCCACUCCGGGAUCGCGCAAAGACCUCGACCGGCUGACGGCUCACAUCGAGCACCUGUUUGGCGCGAUCCCAGCCAACGCGGCGCUCGAGGACGCCUUCACGUGCAGCGCCGGCGCGGAGACGCCUUUCUUCUCUUCGGCGAAAGAGGCGGAGGCGUUUGCGCAGGACGAGCUUGUCGCGGCGCAACUGGCGACUUCCCAGACUGCGCGAGACACGCGCCGGCGAACGAGCUCGGCAGACGAGCAGAACCGCGGCGGGAGAGACGAGGGAGGAUCCCGGCGAGGAAAGGGUGCCGGGGAGGACAACGAAGCCUCUGCGCCUUUCUUCCUGCCUACGCGCGUGCCGCAGGUCGCCUGUGGCCCGAGCCGGUCGAGUGGUGCGGGUCCCGGAAGGGACAGGGAGAAGAGAGGGUACCCGAGCGAGAAGUCCCAAACGGGAGGGACACGCGGCUCUCGCUGUGGCUCUGGAUCCUCCGAAACGACGGGGCGAAGCGCGUGUUCAGAGACCCAGGAGGGUGACCGGAAAAGCGAUGGAGCUGCUGCCGACGAGAAGAACGCCCGGGGAGCGGACGACGCGGCGGAAGACGGCGCUCGGAAGCGCGACGACCCCGCGGACGUCCCCGUGGCGAGGCACUGCGAUCUCAAGAAAGAAAUCCUGCUCGAACCCGCAACGGACAAUGAGCACAGCGUCGACUUUGUCUUUGUGUUCGAGAAGCCCCAUCCGAAAUGGACCGUCUUCGAUGCCAAAUACGUCGUCGACGUCCUCGGCUCCGAAGGGCCGGGAUCGCUCAUUGCGCACCUGCGGAAACAAGGCCUCGCCGAAGCGAUCGACGUGGAGGCCGAGGAAAGUCGAUGCUACUCGACACUCCGCGCGUCUGUCGAGAUCAAGGACUACAACGUGAACCACACCGCCAUCACGCUGAUCGGCUCCACUCUCUUCUCCUAUCUGAGGUUUGUUCGCGAGUCGCCCUUGGACAGCGCGUUUGUCGAGAGCCGCAUGCGCAUGUAUCGUCUCGCCUUCGACGCCCACGUCCCGCCUCUGCCGCCGAGGCCUCCCCUGCCUGGGGCUCUCGGCACCGUUCCGCCGCUGCUUCCGUCCUCGUCCGCACCGCACUCGCCGCUUCUUUCGUCCUCUCCCGGGCAGACGGGCACUCACUUGUCGCCGCAAGAAGAAGUUGCGUACCUCGUCGCCGACCUGCAAGAAGUCCCGUCGCCCACGCGCGUUUUCACCGAGCAGUGGCUCUUCGAGGAUGUCGGAAAGCAUUCCCUCGAGAGCUACAUUGACCAGCUGACUCCAGACAACCUCAUCGUCAUGAUCUCGUCUCCACUUGUCGUCCCGCUCUGCACGUUGGUGUCUUCCUUUUUCGGUAUUCCCUUCGCCAUCAACGCGCUGGACUCGACGCAGGAUGCCAUGUGGUCAGCGCUCGCCGCGCUGCCGCCGGACCGCGCGCUGCUGCUCGCGAGACGCACCGGCUUCUCCCUCCCGCCCGUCUCCUUCUUCCUCCCGCCCGCAAAUCUCCACGCGGAGCACCACCUCGGCGAGGACGAGGUCGACCGCUUUGGCCAAAGGCCGAGGCAGUCGCGAGGUGAAAGCGGCGAGGAACGACUGGGCGAGGCGCCCGCCGGAGGCGCGGCGUCGUCGAUGCUCUUUGACGAAGAGGUGCUCUUCUCGUCUCGCGAGGUUCCGCGGCGGCUGUCUUUCGAAGACGCGCAGGAUCCCAGUGGCGCUGCGAGAUGGGUCGACCAGUGCGAACUGUUUCACCUCCCAUAUCGGUCUCCCGAACAGAACCCGCCGCGGGCGUCUGUCACGCUGCUGCUCAACUACGCGAUUCCUCUCGCGGGGAACCAGGGACGGCCCGCGAAGGCCGCAGACUCGGCGAACGGGACCGCGGGGCGGAAAGCGAAAGGCAGGACGCGCGACGCCGUCAUGUCAGCCAGUGAAUAUCGCGAAAAAGUGAUGGGUUUGAUGGGUUUGUACGUCGCAACAGUCAAGGAAAUGUUGCACGAGGUGACAGUGUAUGCCUCGAUGGCGGAAAUCGCCUUCUCAAUCGAGGCAGACCAGCACGCGCCGACCGUCGAGAUUCACGUGGAAGGCGUUUCCGCGGUCGUCCCCGUCCUGACGGAACUGAUCGUGAAAGGACUGAUGGCGGGUUCGCCGGGGCCUCCCGAUGCCCGCGCGCCUUCUGAGGAAGAGACCGAGAGCCGCUCCUCCACAGCCAUCCCGCCGCUUCCGGACGUCUUUGCCUGUCGGCAGGCGCGGGAAAACUCAUGUGGGCACUUCCUCGACACCGCGGCGUUCGAGCGGAUGAAGCAGGAAAAGAUCGAGGAGCUCCGAGAAGGCGCGCACGACUUGCCUGGCUGCUUGGCUGAUGUCGCCCUCAGCGCGCUUCUGCGGGAUCACCACUGGGGCGGCAGAUACAGCAAACUGGAUUUGAUCCAGCAUGCCCGGAUACAUGAUGUCGAAGACGCAGGGGCGAUGCUCAAGAGCAAGCUCUUUCUACAGGCGCUGGUGACGGGCGACAUGAGUGCGGCUGCUGCGAAGAGUCUCGUGUCGAACGUUGCCUCCCGGCUUCACCUCGCGGGGCAGCCUACGGCUGAGGAGUUGUCGUGGGGUUCUGUUCUGUCGAUGAAGAACAUGGAGUUCCCGUCUUUUGUGAAGCGACAAAUUCGACGCCGUGGAGGCAAAGCCCUUCCUGCCGUGCCGCGCUAUCGCUGGCGGCUGACGUAUAGCACUUGGGCGGAAAGCAAUUUGUGUUCCGCGUUCUCUUCGGCGACGCUCCCCAUGGUGAAUCUUCGGAUGGAAGGCGAACAUGACGAGGAACGAUGGAGUGGGAAAGAUCCGGGCGGCAGAGGCCGGAAAGAGGAACGCCUGCCGAAGAAAGGCCAGAAGCGAGACGCCUACGCGGCAGAGAGAGGCACUGACGAAACGCCCUUUGGCCACUCCCGAGAGAGUCUCCACGCCCCCCUUCUCAGGACGACCGCACUGCGCAUUGAGCUCGGAAUCCUGACGGACAAGGAGUUGGCCAUCGCCGCCGUGCUCGAGCUCCUCCUGGCGUAUCCCAUGUACCGCCACGUGUGUGCGUUGGAUGGCGUGUGCCAUUCCCUCUCGCUUUCUCUUCGUCAGGAGCCCGCCGGAGUUAGCUACUUUCUGCUCGACCUGCGAAGCUUUGACGUGCCGGCGUGCGUCGCCACGGAGCGGGCGGAAGCGUGGCUCUUCACGCAGGCAGAAUUGUUCUCGGGAGUCCAUCUCCCGCCCGACGCGUCUGCCUUCGCUUCUCGGGCGCGUUCUGCCACGCCCGAAACGCGAGAGUCUGCCUCGCCAACUGACAUGUAUCCUUCCGACGGAGAGACAGUUUUACUGCGGGGCGAUUUUUUCAAAACGCAUUACGCGCACAGUCCGGUGGUCGGCAGUGUUCGGGGGAAAGCCGGACAAGGCGGGUCGGGUGGGGGCCCGCGGGAGGCGCGGAGAGGCGGGCCAGAAGAGAGAGUUCCAGGGAGGUCUUCUUGCUCAGGGACAGUGUGCGCGACCGACCGCCGGUCGUCUCUCUCCGAGGACGUGCUGGAGGACGGAAGGCAGGGAGGCGAGAAAACAGAAGAACGGCCGAGACAGUGGGGUCGAGGCAUGCGGCACGGCGCGCCGUCGUGUUCUGAGAGUUCCGCGCAACAGGGCGACAGGCUGCUCAGAGCCGGCCCCGCCUCAGACCUUUUGCCCAGCUGUCCUCUGCAAGGGGAGUGGCACGACGACGGUUUCCGGCCGGACGCGGCGGUUUUCGUGGCGGCGUUCGAUCCGCGGCAACACAGGGCCUUCGGCGAGCCGGGAUUCUUUGUUCUCCUCGACGAGGAGAGGUUCCAGAAGGCGAAGGACACCGCAGAGGCUUCGUUCCUCAUGCUUUACUCGUGGGAGGCGGACCACAUCCACAAGCAAAGGCAACGACGGCGGGACUCCGGCCGCGAGGCUGUGGUCGACGAUCCGAAGCCUGCGAGUCGCGAGGGAGAGGGAGAGGCAGCCACAGGGGCGCCGGGAGAAGGGGGAACAGAAGGGGACACUUUCCGGGGCCGGCCGUUCAUUCCAGCAGACAUCCAAAUGUUUGUCCACGAAAUCCGGAAAAAAAGCUACCUUUUCGGAAGGCGUGAAGACGUGGCACGACGUAUCCGGUCCUUGACGCUGGAUGACGUGCGGGAGUUCUUCCUCAAUUCCGUGGUAGUCGCGCCUUGGCUAGUUAUUGAACUAAGCAGCUCAUGGACCCGGUCCAGCCCGAACGCCAAUGACGCAUUCACGCGGGAGCCCGAUGCCAGCUACGGCGUCGGGGGAAUGCAUACUUCUGGACCUGAGUCCUGUGGCGACUCGGACGAUUACUACGCUGAGCGAGGCAUGCCCGACAUGACCACUUUCGAUACAGGAAGAAGCUCCAACCCUCUGUGGCGGUUGCGGAACAGUUGGGUAGAUCUGGAGAGUAUCAGGGAUUUUCGCGAGGCAGCUACGAAGUACUACACUCUCGGAGCUCCUGAACUCUACGGGAGGCAGCGACAGGUCCCCAAGCAGAAAACCGCGGUGUAG